CGGAUCUUCAAGUUGGUAGAUGUCAAUUCGUUGUGAAUGGCUGUUGGCCGCUCGAUCUCACCUUCACCUCGACUUUUCGCAGCCACAUGAUGACCGUCUUAUUAUCAUUAUUAUCUCUUCAGUCGCUGCGCAACAGCUUCCACUCAACUCUCCCGCGCCUCUCAAUCUGCACUUCGCUCCUUCUUGACGCGCAGUAACUACCGCGCAAUCUCGUAGUACUUGGUACGCCACGAGCUCCCGCCGUACAUGAGCACUACUAACCUCUGCACAGUAUGAUCGCGUGAUUUUUGCGCUCUCGUGCGACAGCUGGCAGUUGACUAGACUCAAAUCUCACUCUGGCACCAGCGACUUCGCCCAAGGAUUGAUCAGCUUUGAGCCUCUCCGAAGGGUUCGGAUAUAUCAUGUCGCUCAACAAGCGCAAUGGCCUCUACGCAAUGCCCAGCCAUCACCUACACGGCGCAAAGCCCGCGCCGCGCCCAACGUUUAACAGCAUGGACUUUGCAGCUGAUGAAGCUGAGCUACCGAACGCCCAUGGUGGCCCGAUUCAGCCAGUGGAAGACGGCAACAGUGUCAACACACCACAAGAGAAAGAAGACAAGAAGAAAAAGAGGAAGCAGUCCAUGUCUGCGCAAGAUGUGCAACAGACAAACAGCCGUACGCCAGCAGCUUCCACUCCACUGAUCAAGGUGACACCAGCCACUGCUAGCACCAAAGGUAAGAAGGAGAAGAAGAGCCAGGAAGAGAAUGCUAUCCAACCUGACAAGAAGCGCAAGUGUGAGAGCGAAGGUCACGUCGACACUCCCCCCAGUCUGCGCAAGCCGCCCAGCAGAGGAGGAUUCGUCGUUGGCGCAGAUAUGCUCCGGAACGUUCAAUCUUCUAUCAAGGCCGCUGGCGAAGUCUUCGGCAACUCGAGAGCAACAGCCCAGCCUACAGAAGAGCCAUCGACGAAGAAGACAAAGAAGGACAAGACGAGUCGUAAGAGCAAUGACACGGUGGAUUUCGACCGCAUAGCGAAGGAGACUCGCUCUAUCAACAAGAAAGCUAAGAAAGAGAAGAAGGCGAAGCGAAAAAGCACUGGCGAUCUCCAACCUCGUCCGCCAACGGCAGUUCCGGUUCCUGUUCCAUCUCCUCGGAUCUUCUCGUCACCUCCCAGGAAGACACCGGUACCACUUCCCGUGAAUGCUUUUUCACGUGCUGUCAAUGCCUCAAAGGUGGACAGAGUUGGCCGCAGAGACUCGCGCCUUCUCGUACUGGAGACACCGCCCUCGCAGCUUCCAAAGACGCCAGCCACCCUUCCCGACUCACCUAUCCCAUUCAAACUCACCGAUGCCACGAAGACAAAAGGAUCUAAGAAGUCAAAGAAAGUGGUCGACCUGUCACCACCGAUGCCCUUUGUGGAUGAAGCACCCUCGUCUGCACCUCCAGUACUGAAGAAGAACCAUAGACUUGAGCUCAAGCCAGACGGUCGAGUGUCGCUGACUACCUCGAACUUGAUAAGGUACACGACCACGACGCAGCCGCUGAGCGACAAGCCCAGAUCCAAGCCACUCUCUCGAGCAGCAUCUGUCGCAGCCUCCACUGCUGGAUCAACAACAUCCGGCGGAACAACGCCCAGCAUCAAAGAGCUGUUUGCUCGCGUUGGCAAACCGUACUCUCGAUCCGGUGCCGAAAUCGACCCCUUCGUAGUCCCCGAAGCAAAAAAGAAAGUCAUUCGCGAGUCUCACGAAGAGGCCAACACCAAGGAGUUCAACGAGAGAUGCCGAGUGGUCCAGAAGGCAGUCAACUUCUCCGACGAACGCGAAUACCUUUCUUCCGCCCUCUCUUGGCGCAACGAUAAUGACGCCCGAGGCCCUCUCCCCUGUCUAGGCAUCAAGGCAAGCGGCUGCAACACCAAGCGCGAGCAAGUCUUGCGUCUUAGCCGUGAAGACCCAAGCAACCUACUCAAAGUCCUCGUCACCACCGAAGCCAACCAGGCGGCCCUAGAAGACGCAAAGCAGCGCGCCGCAGCCGCAGAAUCCUUCCUCGCCAUGGCGGUCGCAGCCCGUGUGCCCGUUCCGAUUGGAAAGUUAGAGGGCGUGUGGAAGCUCUUCUGCCCCGCGUACUCUGACACGCACGUCGACAAGUACGGCUACGGCCAGCGCACACUGUCCAUCUUCUCCAUCGCCGGCUUCAAAGACACGCACUCGUACACUGCGCGCCUCAGCAUCCCGCCCCGCUCCAUGCUGUACUCGAUUCUUUCCUUCUCGGUCCCGCCGCACGCGAGCUUCCGCAGCACAACGGUCAAGACGAGCGCUGAGGGGUACAAAAUGGAUAUCGUGUUUCUGGGGAACGGGUAUUUGCUGCUCAGGGUCGAUGUGAGCUUGCUGCUUAGUGGGAAGGAGAUGCAGACGAACGAGGGGAAGAGCGUGGCUAUGGAGUUUGUGGGCGUGCAUCAGAGUGCGGUGGUGUGGAGGGAGAGGGAGGAUGAGUUGGAGGUAGUGGGCAAGAGGCUGUUUGCGAAGUACGAUGGGGAGGCCUAGGGCGGUGUGAACACUGUAUGGUUUGGCUCCUCUCCUGGUUUUGAGGAUGGGGUGAUGUACGCAACUGGGUACAAGGGUUGCAAGAUGGGCGAGGGGUGGGAACGUGCGUCCGUUGUGGAAAGGAUUGGCACUUGUUCGUGAUUGGCACUUGUUCGUGCUUGGCACUUGUUCGUGCUUGGCACUUGUUCGUGCUUGGCA